UGACGCUGGCAGCCAACGUUCCUCCCGUUGUACCAACGUUUAUUUAACCGUAGCUUACUUUGCUAAUCUGUUUACAUGUUACCCGGCCGGCCACGAGUUCAUUGUCUUUAUAUUUAUAUGUUAUAUUUAUAUUAUAUUAUUCUCAUAAUACAGUAAAUACAGUAAUUAGCUCACCACACGCAGAACUGUUCUAUGUCCUCUAUAUUGAGCUGUUUGGCUGCCUUGCUAGAGACUGGUGUCCUGCUGGCGUGUUUAGCCAAAGGGGAAGAGCUACAAUGCUGUGCUGGGGAAAUGCCUCCUACGGACAGCUGGGCUUGGGUGGGAUUGAUGAAGAGAUUGUGGUGGAGCCACGACAGUGUGAAUUCUUCCACGGGAAGCAAGUGUGCGACGUGGGGUGUGGCCACAGGCACACAGCCUUCCUGCUGGAGGAUGGGACGGUGUACACCUGUGGCUGCAAUGACCUCGGACAGCUGGGGCAUGAUAAGUCCAGGAAGAAACCAGAGCAGGUUGUGGCUCUGGAUGCACAGAUCAUAGUGGCGAUGUCGUGUGGAGGGUGCCAUACACUCGCCCUGAACGACAAAGGGCAGGUUUUCUCCUGGGGUCUGGGCUCCGAUGGGCAGCUGGGCCUCAAUAACUUUGAAGAAUGUGUUCGCGUGCCUAGAAACAUCAAGAGUUUGUCAGAUGUACAAAUUGCUCAGGUAGCCUGUGGGUACUGGCACUCUCAUGCACUUUCAAGAGGGGGCCAGGUCUUCUCCUGGGGCCAGAAUCGGUAUGGACAACUUGGUCUAGGAUUAAACGGACAGAGCAUUCCCACACCCCAAAUCAUUCAGUCUCUUCAGGGCAUCCCUUUUGCCCAGAUAUCAGCAGGUGGUGCUCACAGCUUUGCCCUCACUCUCUCAGGAGCGGUGUUCGGUUGGGGACGCAACAAGUUCGGUCAGCUGGGUCUCAAUGACAGCAAUGAUCGGUUGUUCCCAACCCUGCUGAAGUCCCUUAGGUCGCAGAGAGUGAUUUACAUCUCCUGUGGAGAAGAUCACACAGCGGCAUUAACCAAGGAAGGAGGUGUGUUUACAUUCGGAGCCGGAGGAUACGGACAACUUGGACAUAACUCUACAAACCACGAAAUCAAUCCUCGGAAAGUGUUUGAGCUCAUGGGAAAUGUAGUCACGCAGAUAUCAUGUGGAAGGCAGCAUACGAUGGCUUUCACACCCUCCUCUGGAAAGAUGUACUCAUUCGGGCUCGGUGGCAACGGGCAGCUUGGUACUCGCUCCACUUGCAACAGAAAAAGCCCCGCCCCCGUUAAGGGACCCUUCGUAGCUUCCAAUGCUGAAACAGACUCAGAGCAGGGCUGUUGUGUCAAGAGGAUUUAUGCUGGAGGAGACCAGAGCUUUGCUCACUAUCUCACUGCCAAUAAGCUCCAGAACAUGGAUGAUGUGAGGAUACAGGAUCCCAACAGAAAGAUUUGCACCUUAAACGAGGACAUCAUACAAAAAUGGUUGAAUCACUCACCAGGAAGACUCCCACUAGAAGUCUCCAAUGAGAUUGACCUCGUGUUCUCCUCAGCAAGCUGCCUCAAUGGAUCUUUUCUGUCAACGAGUCAUCCAGACCACUACAGUACCAGCAGCAAAUGUUCAGGGGUGGAUAUGAACAUGGCUCGCCUCCUGUAUCACAGAGUGGUUCAACAAGAUCACCCUGAGGUCACUCAGCAGAUUGCUGCCAGUCUGGAGAAGAACCUAAUACCCAGACUAAGCAACUCUCCUCCAGACAUUGAAGCCCUGAGACUCUACCUCACUCUUCCAGAAUGUCCUCUCUUCAGUGACCGAAAUAAUUAUGUAACCAUCGCCAUCCCGUUUGCCAAAUCACUCAUCAGCUUGAAAGAGGCUCCACUGAAGGUGCUAGGAAACUGGUGGUCUACGUUUGAGCCCAGAGUCUUCCAGCGGCUGGUCGAGUUGUACAAGGAAGUGGUGGUGUAUCUCCUUCAGAUGCACAAGGUGGGCAUUCCCUCAGCCGAGCAAAGAAUUUUCACCUGCUUCCUGGACACGUCCCUCCGACUCCUGGAGAUCCUGCACACGGUUAGUGAGAGAGCAGGACACAUCAUUCAGUACGAUAAAUUCUACAUCCAUGAGUUGGAUCACCUGAUAGACAUCAGAAAUGAUUACGUCACAUGGAUUCAGAGGCAGAUGUAUCCGAUGGGUCAUGAUGGUGUGGUGACUCUAUGCAGGUAUCCCUUUGUAUUUGAUGCCCAAGCAAAGACCACACUGCUUCAGACUGAUGCUGUCAUACAGAUGCAGAUGGCAGUGGACCAGGCACAGAUGCAAAACUUCAGCUCCAUGUUCAUGCCAGCAGUGGAAUCUGUCAACCCGUGCCUCAUCCUCAUUGUUCGGAGGGAAAAUAUCGUCGGAGACACCAUGGAAGUCCUCAGGAAGUCCAAGAAUGUUGACUACAAGAAACCACUCAAGGUGAUCUUCGUGGGAGAGGAGGCAGUCGAUGCAGGAGGCGUGAGAAAGGAGUUCUUCCUCCUGAUCAUGAAAGAGCUGCUGGAUCCCAAAUACGGGAUGUUUCGUUACUACGAGGAGUCCAGGCUCAUCUGGUUUUCAAACAAGACGUUUGAGGACAUUGACUUGUUCAACCUCAUCGGGGUCAUCUGUGGUCUGGCCAUCUACAAUCUCACUAUUGUGGAGCUCCACUUCCCUGUGGCCCUUUACAAGAAGCUACUGAAGAGGAAGCCAACGCUUGAUGACCUGAAAGAGCUCAUGCCAGAUGUGGGAAGGAGUCUGCAGCUGUUACUGGACUACGCAGAGGAUGACCUUGAGGAAACCUUCUGCUUGAACUUCACAAUCACAGAGGAAAACUAUGGUGCCACAGAGGUCUUGGAGCUAGUACCUAAUGGCGAAGACAUCAAUGUCAAUAAAUCAAACAGGCAGGACUUUGUCAGUGCAUACGUAGACUACGUUUUCAACACAUCUGUGGCUCCGCUGUUUGAGUGCUUUUAUGCAGGCUUCCACAAGGUGUGCGGUGGAAAAGUCCUUGAGCUGUUCCAGCCAAAUGAACUGCAAGCCAUGGUCAUUGGCAACACUAACUAUGACUGGACGGAGCUCCAAAAGAGUACUGAAUACAAAGGGGAGUACUGGACAGACCAUCCCACCAUCAGGCUCUUCUGGGAGGUGUUCCACAAUCUUCCUUUAGAGAAGAAAAAACAGUUUUUGUUGUUCCUCACAGGAAGUGACCGCAUACCCAUCUUGGGCAUGAAAAGCCUGAAGCUGGUGAUCCAGCCCACCAGUGGAGGGGAGCAUUACUUACCUGUGGCCCACACCUGCUUCAACCUGCUGGAUCUGCCCAAGUACACGACUCUAGAAACACUCCGCGAGAAGCUUCUUCAGGCUAUAGAUCACAAUCAAGGCUUUAAUCUCGCCUGAUAGUACACAGAAAUGCCUCGAACUACAUGUCCGAACUGUUGGUGGCAACCACAUUCCCAAACGUUUAGAAGCCUGCUGUAAGAAUUGAAUGCUGGGUGAGAUAAAAGACUGUGAGUUGGACGUCUAGACUUUCACAUUGAUCUUGACUUUGAUUUCUCAGCUUUUUUUCAUGCUAUCAUAGCAUUUAACGCCCUAUUACAAGUCUAUUCACAUUUGAUAUUGCUCUUGUAGAUAAGCUUUUAUUCAUGUUUGGAUAUGACAAGUAUGAUGAAGCAAACUACUGGUAACACAGGGCAUGCAUACAGCAACAUAAACACCUGUAAAGUGCAAUACAACGCAGUAGCGCCACCUAUCUGAAGCUUAAAAUGUGAUAGAUGUUUCUGUUCAGUCUAUACUGUUGGAAAUUCUUAUUACCAGAUAUAAUCCAAACACUGUGGCCCUUAAAAUGACCAGAUUUAAACCAACACCUCUGACAGGGUUAAGCUCCACUGUGGUAGUAGUUGCUGCAUGGCUGUAUUUUACAGGAGUUAAUGAUGAUGUGUCCAACCUCCGUGUGUUAAAUGUUUGAACGCAGACAAUGUAAACUAACUCUCUUUAUGUUUGACAUCGGUUCUGUUGUAACAUUUGAUUGAGAGCAGUGUGAAUCAUUUACUUUAGAUCCUGAGUGGAUUUUUUCUUGGCUGUAAGCCUUAAACAAUCCACAAAUAAAAACAAAGUACAGCCACUGAAAUAAAUGCGAGUUAUUUUGGGGAUAAAAUA